AUGUCGGCUACUACUACAACCCCUACAACUACUACAACCCCCACAACUACAACAACCCCUGAGACUACUACAACCCCUACAACUACAACAACCCCUGAGACUACCACAACCCCUACAACUACUACAACGACUACAACAACUACUACUCCAACUACCUCAACCUCUACUACUACAACACCAACUACGACUACUACAUCAUCAACAACAACCACUACAACUACUCCAACAACAACAACCACAUCUACAACCACCACUACCCCAACAACCACAUCUACAACCACCACGACCCCAACUACUACAACACCAACUACGACUACUACACCAUCAACAACAACUACUCCAACAACAACAACCACAUCUACAACCGCCACGACCCCAACUACUACAACACCAACUACGACUACUACACCCAUCAACAACAACCAACUACAACCACUCCAACAACAACAACCACAUCUACAACCACCACAACCCCCACAACCACUCGAACUUCUACAACUACUGCGCCAUCUACAAGUAAGUCCAGUAGAAGGUCAAGCAUCGUCCCUUAUGACCACGAUCUGCUCAGAUGUCACUCCUUCCUCAUCAGAAGCGGCGUGCCCUUCAGGAUAUGCGUUUCACGGAGGUGUUAAGCAAAACAAUGGCGUGAUUGACAAAUCACGUGCUGCAAGUUGA